GGCGGGCGGCGGCUACAGCGGCCCUCUUCCGCACCCACCGGAGGAAAGUUUUCUCUAGACGCUUCCGGCCGGCCCGCGCCCUCCCGGCCCAGCCUCCUGAGCCUUCGGAGCGGGCGGCGCCCCAGCCCAGCUCCGGGGAGACCUGAGCCGCGAUGCCUGGGGGGUGCUCCCGGGGCCCGGCCGCCGGGGACGGGCGGCUGCGGCUGGCGCGCCUGGCGCUGGUCCUCCUGGGCUGGGUCUCUUCGUCCUCCCUCACCUCCUCGGCGUCCUCUACCUCCUCGGCGUCGUUCCCGGCCUCCGCGGCGUCCGCCCUGCCCCCGCUGCCGGGCCGCUGCCCCCAGCCGUGCGAGUGCUCCGAGGCGGCGCGCACCGUCAAGUGCGUGGGCCGCAACCUGACCGAGGUGCCCGCGGAUCUGCCCCCCUACGUGCGUACCCUUUUCCUCACCGGCAAUCAGCUGGCCGUGCUCCCCACUGGCGCCUUCGCCCGCCGGCCGCCCCUGGCCGAGCUGUCUGCACUCAACCUCAGUGGCAGCCGCCUGACGGAGGUGCAAGCCGGCGCCUUCGAGCACCUGCCCAGCCUACGCCUGCUCGACCUCAGCCACAACCCACUGGCCAACCUCAGCGCCUUCGCCUUCUCCGGCAGCAACGCCAGCGUCGCGGCCCCCAGCCCCUUGGUGGACCUGAUCCUGAACCACAUCGUGACUUCGGCGGCCCAGCGGCAGAACCGGAGCUUUGAGGGGAUGGUGGCGGCCGCCCUGCGAGCGGGCCACGCGCUGCGCGGGCUCCGCCGCCUGGAGCUGGCCAGCAACCACCUCCUCUACCUGCCCCUGGACGUCCUGGCCCAGCUACCAGACCUCCGGCACCUGGACCUGCGCAACAACUCUCUGGUGAGCCUGACUUAUGUGUUCUUCCGCAACCUGACACACCUCGAAAGCUUCCACCUGGAGGACAACGCCCUCAAAGUCCUGCACAACAGCACUCUGGCAGAGCUGCAAAGCCUGCCACACGUUAGGGUCUUCCUGGACGACAAUCCCUGGGUCUGUGACUGCCACCUGGCAGACAUGGUGGCCUGGCUCAAGGAGACAGAGGUAGUGCAGGAUAAAGCCAGGCUCACCUGUGCAUUCCCGGAGAAAAUGAGGCACCGGGUCCUCUUGGAACUUAACAGCUCCGAUUUGGACUGUGACCCUGACCUCCCUCCAUCCCUGCAGACUUCUUAUGUCUUCCUAGGUAUUGUUUUAGCCCUGAUAGGUGCCAUUUUCCUACUGGUUUUAUAUCUGAACCGCAAAGGGAUAAAGAAGUGGAUGCAUAACAUCAGAGACGCCUGCAGGGAUCACAUGGAAGGGUAUCAUUACAGAUAUGAAAUCAAUGCAGACCCCAGGUUAACAAACCUCAGUUCGAAUUCGGAUGUCUGAGAGCCAUGCGAGGACAGAACAAUGACAACUAUGCAUGAGAUGUAGACUUAAGCUUUAUCCCAUCCUAGGCUUCUUCCACCUCCACUCUCCGCUGUAGACACCACUGACCUUGACUGAAAGCAGUGAAGGGAACUUACUCCCUUCUUAUGUAAAGUUUCUUGGUUGCUUAUGUUACUGUAAGACGAUGAGCAACUGUGCAUAGGGUUUUAUCCUCUUCCUUUUCUUGGAACUCAACACCAUAUGGAGGGAUAUUUUUCAAGUUUCAGCAUGAACCUGGACUCCUGGCUGUCUGUUUCUCAUAGUACAGUUCAAGGUGUAGCAAGUGUACUCCCACAGAUAGCAUUCAACAAAAGCUGCCUCGACUUUUUUGAGAAAAAGACUUUAUUCAUAAAUAUCCGUUUUAUUCUCAUGUACCUAAAUUGUGGAGAAAAUUAUUGCAUUCCAUAAACUGCCUGCAGACCUUAGCAAGCUCUUCAAAGUAACUCCAUAGUACACAGGAGCCCCUGCAUCCGAGAGCAUGCUUACAUGUUACUGUUCUGCAUAUUACAGAAACUAACUUGCAAUUUCAGAUAACUUCUUUGACAAAGUAAAAUUACUUUUUUGAUUGCAGUUUAUCUGAAACUAUACUGAAGUUUUUUUAUAAACUGCAUCGAGAUCCAACCAACUAAACUGUUGAAAAAAUUCAAUAAAGAUUCUUAAAAGAA